GGCAUGGCUGUGGGCGCUGAUCCGAGGAUCUGCCUGUCGUUCUUAUAUCAGAACGAUCCUUUCUAUUCCCUCUGCCUUUCGGACUUGCUGUCGGCACCCCAGCGGGUGAAGAAUAAGUUUCUCAAGGAGCAGAAGAACCUCGCCGUGACCGUAAAAAAACUGGAACACCAAAAGCAGAGCAGACUGAGACAACUCAACGAGGAGGAAAAGCAGUUUCGUCUGCAUAUGUUAAAGAAAUUAGCCCCAAGGGUCACCGUCAGCAGAGGGUCAUCCAUUGGCAUAGAAAGGCUUUCCAACAUCCCGUUUUCUUCUCUAGCUUCAAGUAAGAGCAGCUGGAAGAACCAAGACAUCAAGUAUUCUGACAAACCAAAUACCGGCUUCUUUUCAACUGCCAGCCAUGAGCUCCCGGCAACCCACACGCCAAAGUUUUGCAAAGCAACUGACUCAUAUUCCCCAGGUGUUGUGGCUGCCAAUAUAUACAAACACCUACAGAACAAGAAGCAACUGAUAAAAAGUGAAAGAAAGGAAAACGUGUGGCCGAUUUUCAUGAACGAAGCGAUCAAGCUGUUGCUGGGCUGCUUUAAGUGGCAGCAGAACGCUGGGGAACAUCUCAAACUCCUCCGCCGGAAAAAAAGGCUGGCUGGUUUCACGGCGUCAGCGCAAGACGUGGCUGUUUAG